AUGGAUGAAUACGUGAUUGCAGAAGGCGACUCCUUUGAAAUGCGAGUAAGCGUUGUCGAUUCUGACAGUCUCGUUGCCUCCAGCAUUUGCCAAAGCUACAAUGACCCACACAUACGCACAUUUGAUGGCAGGAACUGGGAGAAUCAGCGACUCGGUGAAUUUAUAUUAUUCCAUAACAGAUUGAACCACUACUGGGUACAUGUUAUGUACCAGACUUGUGUGAGUGGUGUUACCGGCGCCACAUGUAACUGCGGAAUAGCUAUAAGGAAAAACAACGUACUUUUUGUUGCCAACUUCUGCGAUGCUCGAAUCGGAUGGACUGCCAGCAACAACGAAACGAAUUCCAACAGAUAUAUCGAGGGGACUUUUUGUGACGACACACACAUGACGGUAGAAAGUAGUGGUAGCUCAUAUAAGGUAACUCUGCCAACAGGAACGCAGAUAUCUUUCUAUUACAACACCCACAACGGCACAACGACAAUCGACGGAAUUGCGAUCAAACCAUCUCUUGCUGAUUGGAAAACAUCGUCAGGACUCUGCGGUUACCUGGAUGGGGAUAAGGACAAUGACUUCAGAACUAGGGAUAACGGGACAACAAAUGAUGACAGAACUUUUGCGCAGGAUUGGAAGGUCUCUGGAGAAAGUGAUGUGUCAUUAUUUGGUGAGGUCAACCUGCCAGAUGAUAACACAGGCGUAACAAGAUUUUGUAAAUGCAGAGACAGUGCGACUCCUGGCGACUCUGCCGCUGUAAAUGAAUGCAACAUCAACACCGCAACAACGCUUUGCUCGAGUUCUGGGUCAGCCAGCUUCUUUAAUUCCUGUGAAGGAUCAGCAAGGCGGAAACGGUCAGCAUCCGAACUUCUACUGAGACAAAGACGAGCAUCGCAUAUCGGCAAUGCAAUUGCUAAGUUUCCAAUAGUUCUUGAUAAUGACGUUGACUCGGAACCGAUGUCUAUGUCAUGGAGGAACGGAUGGGAUGAAUCAUCAGCGACCGAAACUUGCAGGCAAUUUCUACAGAAUCAAAAGUUUCUGGAGAAAUGUGAGAUACUAGAUGGUAUGAAAAACGAGACAGCAGAUGGGAUAAAGUCAUGUGUUGAAGACAUCAAGCUCAUAGGAGACGACAGGUUUAUGCAGUCGACAUCUGACACGCUGUCCCAAAGUUGUCGGUUGACGGCUAUCAGACUAGAAAAUCUUACCAAGACGUCAGCGUCUGAUGGAGCACCCGGCAAAACGAUGUUGGACGAAAUGUUGGAUUUAGAUUGUAGAAAGAAUUGCUCGAGAAAUGGAAUAUGUGCAAAUGGAAGUUGUACCUGCUUUGACGACUUCGAGGGGGAUGAUUGUUCCAUCAGAAGAUCAGUUCCGCCCAUUGUGUCGACAAGAACUAACCCAGGACUGUGUCAGAGUGAUUCAUCCACUUGUACGACCUUCUAUAUCUCGGGGUCAAAUUUUGCCAGUGAAAAUGUUACUUGCAGGGCCAUUCAGUUCACGGUAGUUGAGUCCACAUAUCAACUGACGUCAAAUAAUGUGACCUUUCCAGCCGUGCCUAUGUCUGGAGGAAUAGGUUGUUUCUGUUCUCUAUCACAGUCUGUCCGGGCGAGGCGAUCUGUCGGUACAGACAGACCGAAUGGUCUUUUCCUGAGUGUUUCAAACGACGGCUUUAUGUUCAGUAACAACAUAGUGAUAAUAGUUUACGACUCAACAUGCUAUACGUGUAGGACAAAUCCAAUCUCGUGUAUUAUCAAGAGUUCUUGUCAGUCUACAACGUCAACAACAACGCCAUCUACAACCGAGGCUUAUUCGCAUGUUACAAAUGGUUAUGUGAGCAGCGGAUUAAUAGCUGGUGCUGUCGUUGGAGGAUUAUGUGGUGUCAUAGCAGUGUUGCUUUUGACCAAGGCCAUUGCGAGUCUCAAACAAACUAAGAAAUAUUCGCAUCCGGUCUCCGAAGAUGACAUGGUAAACUAUUACCGGCAAAACACCUAUUGGGAACAUAUUAGAGGUUAUCCAAGUGAUGUACCAUCUUCGAGAUUCCAUCCGAACUCUGAUGAAAACCAAGAAAAACAUUUCCAACGAAACACCUACUGGGAAUAUGACAGAGGUUAUCCGAGAAUUGGGCGAUUGGCGACAUCUAGUCGCAUGAAUACCCGAUUCUAUUAAUGUUGGCUGUCUGUGAUAGUGUGUGACUUGAUUAACUUUAGAGCGUCGAUUCAACGUAGCUUUUUAUCUUUUUAUAUUUCCUUCUUUUCAUUUUAGUUGAUUGUCAUGUUGAAAGAGUGGGCUUUGUAUUUAUUUUU